AGCCUCUCCUCGCGCCUGUCUGGCCAAAUGGUGCUCGCGCCGCUGACGCGCGGCGGCAACCUGCCCUUCCGCCGGCUCUGUGCCGAGUUUGGCGCCGAGGUCACGCUGGGAGAGAUGAUCUUCGCGCGGCAGCUCCUAAAGGGCGACGUGAUCGAGCGGGCCCGCCUGCGGCGCGCGUCCAACGAGCAGGUCUUUGGCGUGCAGAUCGCCACCAACGACGUCGAGGAGGGCGUCGGCGCGGCCAAGCUCGCAGCUGCGGCGGGCGCGGACUGGGUAGACCUGAACUGCGGCUGCCCCAUCCACGAGGCGACCCGCCGCGGCCUCGGCUCUGCGAUGCUGCGGCAGCCGGUGCGGCUCGAGCGGCUCGUGCGCGGCAUCGCCGCGGGCUCGCCGCUGCCGGUCUCUGUCAAGGUGCGGCUCGCUUCGGAGGGCGGCGACGUCAACGUUCGCGAGGUGGUCGGUCGGCUGCGCGCCGCGGGCGCCGCAGCGGUGACGAUCCAUGGCCGCACGGCGGAGGCGCGCUACUCGAAGGCCGCCGACUGGCGCCUCAUCGCCGAGUGCGUCGAGGACAACGCCGAGGCGGGAGGUGGCAUGCCUCUCCUCGGCAACGGGGACCUACUGACGCAGUACGAGGCGCAUGGCAGGAUGGCGCAGUCGGGCGUGGACGGCGUCAUGGUCGGCCGGGGAGCGCUCAUCAAGCCGUGGAUCUUCAAGGAGUUCCGCGACCGGCGCGCGUGGGAGCCGAGUGCGGCGGAGCGCGUGGCGGUCUACCGGCAGCUCGCCUGCUUCAUGAAGGAGCACUUUGGCGACGACGCAAAGGGGCGGCGCAAGGCGUGGUACUUUCUGCCCUGGCACUUCGACUUCCUCUCUCG